GGUCCUGCCGCGGGCCGGGCUCCCGCGGCCGCCGCUCACCGGGACUCCAGCCACCUGGGCGGGAUGGAGCGGCUGGUGCUGAUCAAAGCGCUGGUCCCCCGGCUGCUGUUCGUGCUGCAUUCGCUGGUCGGGGUCGCCAGAGUGACCUUGGUGUUGAAGAAUCCCCAGUACUGGCUGCUGGCUCUGCUCAACCUCUUGCUCCUCCUGGAGACCGUGCUAACCCUGAAGUUCAAGCGCGGCGGCGGCUACAGAUGGUUUUCACCAGCCAUAUUUUUGUACCUGAUCAACAUCAUACCUUCGUUGUGGCUCCUCGAAAUGUACUAUCGGAACCAGUACUGCAGAACCCAGUCUCAGAUGUCUCAGAACCUCAGCAGAAAAUCAGACUUCAAUCAAACCCAGAUGUCCCAUGAACACACCUUUGGGAUGGAGAUCAUUGAGAUGGGCAGAAAUUUGGUAACUAACUUGUCUUCUGGAUGUGAUCAAGUUUGGACCUUAGGGCUCCAUGAAACUUUGCUGCUAGUGUUAAUUCUUGGGCGAUGGCUUCUACCCAUCGGAGGCACCAUAACAAGAGACCAACUCUCAGAACUUCUUCUGAUAUUCGUGGGAACAGCUGCUGACAUAUUGGAAUUUGCCACUCAGACGCUGAAUGAAAAGGACGUCAGGAGUAACCCCGUGCUGGUCUUCGCCAUCCUCGGCAUCUGGACCUGGAAUAUGCUGCAGUUUCCCCUCGACCUGCCAGUGCAGCUAAAGGUGGUGUGUCCCUCAAAGGUGAAAGCCAGGGGCUUUGCCAGCCUGUUCUUCUGCCACUACAGUUCGGAUCUGUGGACGAUUUGCCUCAGCCUCUUCAUCCAAGACGGUCCCUUCCUCGUCGUGCGUGUCAUCCUGAUGAGCUAUUUCAAAGUGAUCAGUCACAUGCUGGUGUUCUUUACAGUGAAGAAUUCCCUCGUAAUAAUGCUGCAUCUGUACCGCUUAGUGGCGCUGAUAUUGGCCACCCGAGAGUCCUUACGCCACCAGUCAGAAGGGCUUAGGGCAGCGGGCAGAGGCCAUGACCAACCCUCUGAGAGCAGGCUCAGGGAGGGCACGGAUGAGUCCUGUCCUCUGUAGGCCUCGGCAGCCAGCUCUGCGGACUCCCACCCCGGGCCUCAGUGACUCUUCCCCAGCGCGCUGCUAGGCUUGACAGGCAUGAUCUCUUUCUUUCUUUUUUUCCCCUAAAUCUCAAUCCCGACGCAAGAGUUUUCAAAGAAACAUGAAGAGAUGGCAAUUUUCUUUGCUUUUUCACUUGAAAUAGAAUGAGCUUUGGGGAGUAGUGAUUGAGGCCACUUCCAGAGAAAACAGCAAAUAGAACAGGUGUGGAGCUCCCAGGUGACGUGCUUGUGCUGGUCAGCGCCCCCCAGUGCUCUCUAAAUACCUGGGGACAACAGAGGCUUUGAAUGUCGACUCCACUUUCAGACCAUCUCCCGUGACCAGCUCUUCAAUGUCGGUUCAGUACGUGCAAAACAAGUGCUAGAAAGGUGUCCUGAAAAUGACCUCAUUGUGGACCAGAUGCUAGAAAAAAAUCACUGCCCAACUUCCUUAGCUCAGAGAGGCCCAUGUGUGGUUGCACAGGCCUUUACAGAGACAUGACUUUUCUGGACUGAGGAGUCCUUCUGUCAUGACAGGCAUGCUCUUACAGAAAUGUGACUGCUUCUGGUUUGGGUGCUAUAAAAUCCAUAGCAAGUCAUUAUGAUUGCACACCUAUAGGUUGCAAGGAAGAAAACACCAAUAAAAGGCCUGGACAGUAAUAGUCUCCACCUAGUACAAUUUGUGUCUUAUGUAGUUUUCUGAAUACUCCUUUAUGGCCUUGGCGUAGCCCAUGAGCUGAUACAGGCACGCUGCGAUACAGAUCAAGGUGCCCCAGCCCUGAGUGUCUCCAGCAGCAGCAGCAGAGGUCGCUGCUGGCUCCUAGGAAUGGCCUCCUCUGCAGAUGGCCUUUGGUCCCAGUGAGUGUGCAGAGUGACCACAAGCCACAGCCUCCUGGGAACCAGGCUAUUUUCUUGUGUCUCUGGAUUGUGGCUCAAUUUCCCAUGACUGAAAUAGCCAUGCUUUAUAUACCUUGGUAUUUUCUGGGUGAAAAUGAUUUUGAACUUUCUAAAGUCAAGUUUUGUUUUUAAAUACAUAGUGUAUUGGAUUUUAUCGUAGUUACAUGAGGAAAACAGUAUAAAAUGCAAAAAAAAAGAAAAAAAAAACUGUUCCUUAAGAGUUUGAGUCAAGGGCUGGAGAAAUGGCUUAAUGGUUAAGGAUC